AUGGUCCUCGCAGCCAAGCAGCGCGUGUCGACGAGCCAGCGCAGCCCAACCCUUUCCGAUGCUGGCAUGAUUCUGCCGGGCUUCGAGGCCAACCACGCUCGCAGCACCUCGCCGGUCUUCGAGCGCCCGCCGUCCGUGUCGGCGCUGUAUGUUGCGUACCAGAGCCCAAAGCUAGGUUUCCCGCCCCAGAGCCGGCGCCGCGCUUCACAGCAAAAGCAGUCGCCGCCGCUCUCAACACAGUCCUCGCGCUCGACCCUGCGCGACAUGGCCGACUCUGGAGCCAAUGCCAAAAGGAUGCCGUCCCGCGACAACCUUCUCGCGUCGUCGCCCACCAUUGACGCCAUCGGCCCCAAGAGCUGGCCUACGGGGAGCUGGGGGGAGCUGGAGCUGGAGCUGGAGCUGGAGCAGCGCAGGCUCAGCACGGCUAGCUCAAUGUUGAGCGAGGACUUUGAGAACUGGCCUGGGUUCGACAGCCACGAGAACUUCGACGACAGCGGCGUGGAUCUCCAGGAACAGGACAAGCGUGGUCGAACCCCGCGCGGCCUUGCCAAGGACGGCGACGGCAUGGAAAACGACCAGUGGAUGAGCGGGCGCACAAGUGGCAGCGACGAAGACGACAUGGACGACCCCCAGUCCUCGGCAGCGCUGAGCAGGAGAGCGGAGAUGAUCCUGGCCAAUGCGAAGAAGCGACUCAACGUCAUGGAAGGUAACCUUAGAGGGGCCCGGGAGUCGCUGGUUGUCUCUCCUACGCUCAACUCCGUAAGAAGUGCGUCCGAGCUAUCACAACAUAUUGCUUCCACACGAGAACGUGACAGGAAACUAUACGCUGGCAUCGGACCCAUCCCCCCACGAACGCCUUCCUACCACCGCAACUCACUGCUCUACUCCAACAACAGCAGCAGCAGUCCCAGUCACACGCGCGGUGCAAGCGAGACGUCGAUCCCCCCGCCUUUUACACCAUCCUAUGUCUCGAAAAUGGGCACGGGCAAGCGAGCAUCAAGUGCAAUGGGAGCUACGAGGGGUCCAUGGUCUCCGGAAGGAUUUGGUCACGGUCGUUUUCCCAUCAAAGAGUCGCGUAGUCACGAAGUCAUGCGCGAUCCUCGAAACACCUGGAACACAGGUGAACACCAAAUCCCCGGGAGACCUACCUCGAGGAGCUCCAAGUCACCACCUGCCUUGGAAACGUUGCGGGAGGAUGACAACGGACAUACGUUGCAGAGAUCAGCCUCAGCCACGAGUGGACUUCGCGAUCAGAUGAACGACCUGAGAGGUAGAAUAUCGAGCCUCAAGCAGAGAGCGCAAGAAGACCAUAUGCGACGCCGAAGCCUCCACAGCCUGCGUACGCCCAGCCCGUUCACCUCAUCUGAAGUCUGGUACAAGGGGAAAGACGGCUAUCAAGCUGGCACAUCGCCCGUUACUCAGCACGCAGGAUUGGGCAUCAAGACGAACUCCCCGACAAGAAAAGCACUGUACGAAGAUGGCGGUUCACCCACGACAACUUUCUCCCAGCAAGAAGGGGAGAUGUUGGUUGUGACGAGAGAACGCAGUCCCAAGGGCUUGGGCAUUCAGCAAGCAGGUGUCAAUCCGCCCAGUACGAUUGAUGAAGUCACGGAAUUAUCUGAAUCCACGCAUGGUUGCGAGGAAGCCGAGGACAACGACUUUGUCUCUGCCCAUGGUAAUCACAUCGAGCCUGGAGGCGACAGCGUAUACGAAGACGCUGUCUACGAGAUGCCCGUCACCGAACGACACGAGGAUCGCGUCGAUGCAUUCGAUUAUGAGCACUUCUUCCUGCACAGCGCAAUGGGAACGUACAGCCUCGAAAACCGCCGAUCGAGCAUCAGCUCCAACAGCUCCACGGCAACCACCCGCCCAGUGACGGCCAUGCAGGAUAGCGAGGGGCUCAGCAACGCAGAAAAACGCAUCUCGAUGCACCAGAGAAACCCCAGCGUAGACUCGGUCUCGACCGUUGCUAGCUUCGCUACCGCUGCCUCUCAUCAGUCCGACGACGACGAUGACGAAAACGAACGAAUGGACCAAUUCUCCCAGCAGAUCCUCUCACACAACCAACACAUGGCCGCUCAACGUCCGUCUCUCGUAUCUCUCCGCUCCGACUCGGCCAUCCACAUGCGCCGCGGCACCGGCUUAUCACCGACGCAAACCACGCUGUCCCGCGGAUCGUCGCGCACGUCUUCGUCGUCGGGCUCUCUGGCCAGCGGACUGCAAAUAAGUAAGAUGUAUUCUAUCCUCACCGAGAGCCAGCGAGAUGAGCCACGUCUUGCGCUGAGCGAAGAAGAUAAGCAAUUGAUCUACAGCCUCGCGGCAGGCUUCCAAAGCGUUUGUGCAAACCUGCAGAACACGUGCGGGGACGAAGACGAUCGCAAGGCGUGGAGACGACGACUCGAGGAUGCACGCAAAGUUUUGGCUGGCGAGGCGAUUGAGGACGACUCGUCCUUCUGA